GCCCCUUCAAUCCGCACGCGUUCGCAAUGGCCUUCCCCCUCCCUGCCUUCCCCGUCGACUACAGCUUCACAUAGCCCACGCCUCGUGUGCACUGAUACACACAGAGGAGCCCUCAGACCCGCUGGGAAAACCGUCCGAACAGGUGCUUCUGAAUAUACAGCGCGUCGUCGCAACUGGGCUCUGCUACUUCUCGUCGCUGGGGCAAAGUCGCGCCAGGUCAUGCUCCUGCACCCUGCAGAGCGUUGCAAAGCCGAUCCUUUACGUUACGCCGCCGUCAUGUCGCUCAUAACAGACCCGGAGUACCUGAUAUAUCAGAUGCGGAAAGCAAUGCUGGCCAACGGAGACACAUUGUCGGAACGAAUCAUAACCCUCCCACCGUUCCCGGAUAACGAAUACAUCAAAUGCUCGCUCGCACGAGCAGGAGGAGGAAGCAGUCUAGGGGCGCGCGGAACAAUAAGGGAGCGAACAAGGCGACCUGCGCCGCUGCGAAGCGAUUCGAGCUUCGCUACUACGACCACCGCAACAGCAUCAGUUUCAGGCAAUACACCUCGUCAGGCAUUCGAACAGGUCCGGCCGCGGAGUGCGUCACGGAGGACUCGUGCGGCACCGGAUGGUGAGCAGGCGGACUUGAGGGUGCUUCUUCCAGAGGCGGGACGGGCAUCAGAAGCGAGAAAUGCCCAUGGGGAGGGGGUCGGCGAGGCGACACAUGAGAACCCCCCAGUCGAACAUAAGCCCAGAGACCCGCUAAGACACUCCCGACCGCCGCCCGACUUUGCGAAUGACGGCGAACCAAACGAGACAUCAGCGAAUGAAGUCGUCCACGAGCAGCGAUUAGCCACGAUAGAGAUGUUGAAGCAUAGACUACAGCAGAUGCAGACUGGGGAACAUACGUUGAGGCCAACUGGGGAAAGUUCGCAGGUCGGAGCGGAACCUGCGCAGGAUUCUCGAAUGGAAACGGAUGCGGGAGGUGGGAACGAGACGGAUCCCGAUGCAGAGGAGGAAUCGAUACAAAAAGGAUCACACUCUCCUGUACCGUCCACGCUUGUCGAUGAUCAGGAGGCUACUAGCAAAGGAUCUCCAAUCUCCGAAUUCAUCUCAGAUCCCAGCCAACCGGACGAGUCAGCGCGCGGAACAUCGGAACGGGACCAGGUUUCCGAGGAAGAGCCAUCGACGUCCAGUAGAAGAGAGGAAGAGGAGAUCGAAAUCCACGCAGAGUCCGUGGAGGACCUCGAACCAAUACCCGACGAGUACCCACCAGACGCAACACCAGAUCAGGAUGACGACCCAGCACAACUAACAGAAGCUUCCACCGAAGCCGUCGAGGACUCCCAAUCGGAAGAAGAAGACGUGGAGCCAGAGCCGCCAGCGCCGGCGCCCGCACCUCCACCGGAUCUGUUUGAAAAGAAGAAACUGCCCGUGUAUAAAGUACCCGAAGAGCAUGGGCUGAGACGGCAGUAUUCGAGAUUAGGGACGCCGUCUGUCCCGAUUGUGCCCAAACCCGUCUCGGCCCUCACUGCUUUGUUCCAGGAGCAGAACCGGUCAGAUAAUCCUUUCGCAAAGGAUUACAGCUAUUUCUCCGGAAAAGGCAACGCAGACCCCAUCCAGCUCAAAAUCUUCAUCCCAAUGAGCGACGACCCCGAAUCCCCCCUAAGCAUCUCGGUCCUCCGCGACGCAAGCGUCGAGGAAGUUAUCGGCUACGCGCUGUACGAGUACUGGACAGAAGGACGGCAGCCGAUCAUCCCGGCGAAUAUGCGCGACGUGAUUAUGUGGAAUAUGCGCAUUGUGGAGGAUGAUGGGCUUAUUGAUGAGGAUUUUCCUGCGUUGGAGAGGACGAGGAAGAUAUCAAAGUUCGCGUUUGAUCAGUUUGCGUUAUGCGAGGCGUCUGCUGAUCAAGUAAAACUUUACGAAACCAACGCCCGCAAAACCCCCACCUCCAGCACCGACCUCCUCUCCCCCCUCUCCCCCCUCUCCCCCUCCCGCACAACCACCGUCUUCCUCAAAGUGCACCUCUACUCCACCAUCGACGUCAAGCAGACCACCACGAUGCCCGUGGCCUCCAACAUUCCCCUCGCGGAGAUAUUCGAGAGUAUAUGUAGAAAGCGGAAAUAUGAUCCGAGCAAGUAUGUGUUCAAGAUGGCGGAUACGCAGACGGAUGUGCCACUGGAUAAGACGUUGGAGAUGUUGAGGGUUAGCGAGUUGUGUAUUUUAAAGAGGGCGGGGGGUGGGGCGGGAGACGUCUUCCUCCGCCCUCCCGACGAAAAACAAGCCGUCAUCGAGCACCCGCACUUCAUCGAGCCGGACGAGUACUCCUCCAUGUACAAGCAAUACAACGUAAUCCACAAAGCCUUCAUGGGCCGCACCCUCGACCGCAUCCUCACCAUCGACGGCGACCAUAUCCAUAUCAUGGCGGGUGAACAGAAGAAUCUGUUCAAUGCUAUGAAGACCGCAUCACACCAUAUAAGCUCUGUGAUAUCCUGCAAACCGACGAGCAAAAAGGGGACGAGUUUCAAGUUGACCGUGCAUACGAAUAAGAAUGAUUCGAGGAGUUAUGAGUUGGAGGCUGCGACGGAGAGUGAGGCUGCCGAGAUAUGCACCAAGAUCACCUUCCUGAUACAAAUGAACAAACGCGAGAGCGGGAUGGGGCGGUUCCGGUGACGAGGACUCCGACCACCUUGCCCCCGGGCGUCUGCCCUCUCAACCCAUCCCGUCCCGUCAUCCCAAUUCACAUAUCCCCCCGACGGGCGAGGAUAAAGCCCUGCCCUUCAAUCUACCCUUGCAUUUGCAAGAUGCCCAACUCCCAUUUUUCACCUCUUGAAAUCCUGAUGCAUAUACAUUGUACAAAAUAGGGACAUAUUACAAGCGGGG